GUUUUGGGUUGCUCGCAUUUGAGUUGUGGACGUUGAACGUUUGAACUGUGAAGCUUAUCAACACAACUCGACGCGUUGUCAAUUAGAGCGCGAACUUAGUGGUCGCACUCCACGAUGCCUCGCGAGAUCGUGACGGUCCAACUUGGACAAUGUGGAAAUCAGAUGGGAGCCGUUUACUGGCAACGCCUGUGUGCCGAACAUGGCAUCAACAAAGAGGGCAUCCUGGAGGAAUGGGCGACGGAGGGUGGCGAUCGCAAGGACGUCUUUUUCUACCAGGCUGACGAUGAACACUACAUACCGCGCGCGAUUUUGAUAGACUUGGAGCCUCGCGUCAUAAACAACAUUCUCAGUUCCCCAUGGGCAAACCUGUACAACCCAGAGAAUAUAUUUAUGUCGAAAGAUGGUGGUGGUGCGGGUAACAAUUGGGCACACGGAUAUGCGUCGGGCGAGCGACUGUACGAAGAGGUCAUGGAAAUGAUCGACCGGGAGGCAGAAGGAAGUGAUUCUCUGGAAGGCUUUAUGCUCAUGCACUCGAUAGCUGGAGGGACUGGUUCUGGCUUUGGUUCAUUCGUUCUCGAACGAUUGAACGACAGAUUCCCAAAGAAACUCAUACAAACCUACUCUAGGGUGACGUUGUCGUGCAACCCUACAACUCGCUUGUUGACCCUCAAACGACUAACCAAUCAUGCUGACUCGGUCGUUGUUCUGGACAAUGGCGCGUUGGCGCGGAUAUCUGUGGAUAGACUGCAUGUACAAACUCCAACGUUUGACCAAACCAAUCAACUCGUAUCGACGGUUAUGGCGGCCAGCACUCAGACUUUGCGAUAUCCCGGCUACAUGAAUAACGACCUAGUUGGGAUCAUUGCAUCCCUAAUCCCCACACCCAGAUGCCACUUUUUGAUGACGUCGUACACACCAUUCACAAGCGACCAAAUUGAUAAGGCGAAACCGAUUCGGCGAACCACAGUGCUCGAUGUUAUGCGCCGUCUCCUGCAACCUAAAAACCGCAUGGUCUCGACAACACCGAGUAAAACCGCGUGUUACAUAUCGAUCUUAAAUAUCAUCCAAGGGGACGUGGACCCCACUGAUGUCCACCAAUCGCUUCUUCGUAUAAGAGAACGACAACUCGCGAAUUUCAUUCCUUGGGGACCGGCAUCGAUACAGGUAGCAUUGACGCGCCGGUCUCCGUACAUCACGACCAAUCAUCGAGUCAGUGGACUCAUGCUUGCCAACCACACCAGUAUCGCCUCCCUUUUCAAACGUAUGUUAGACCAGUUUGAUCGCCUACGGAAGCGCAAUGCCUUCCUGGAACAGUACAAGAAAGAGAAAAUGUUCGAAAAUGGUCUUGAAGAGUUCGAUGACGCACGUGCCACUGCGGAGGAACUACUGAAAGAGUACAAGGCAUGCGAAAGUCCAGAUUAUAUCACCUACGGAGCUCCCGAUGAGCAGGGCUCGUAAUGGUGUCAUACCCGUCUUCGACGUUUUUUUCAUAAUGUAUGACUGCUCUUUGUAACACUAAAAGACCUUUGAGUACCCUUGCCAUCAUAUGCAUAUGCAGUGUUGAUACACAAAUAGUGUUUGUUUAUGCAGAUUGAUACAACCCACAUAUACAAAUGAUCUGAGGUGAUAGCUCCGUCUGUUAUGGAUCUGAUGCUGGUACAUGUAGGGUAGUUUGUAAAAUCUUCCAAAGGUUUUACAAACUGUGUUCACCUCACAAUCAAACAUAUGACAACGGAG